UGCUGAUAAGUGCGUGGUGGGUGAAGGUAUACAAGCUUAGUGUUGAGCCAGGACUCUGUGCUGCUGACACAAGUGACAGAGCUCCUGAGUGAUAACAUCCUGCAGCGGAUACGCCUUACUAAGCAGGGCAUUACAGAAAGCUUAACUAAAACGGUAUCUCUGACUCUCAGUGGCAACAGCUAUAAGUGAUGGGUCUGGCUGGACUGCUGAGAGGUAUAAAUCAGAUCCGAGCUACUCUGGUGUUCCCGACGUGGAUUGAGUGACAUGACCGAUUUGAUAAAUGCGAAACUAGACACUGAGUGAUCGCACUGAGAGAACAUUUCUGCAUAUUACUUGGAGAUGCUAUUGGGAAAAUGUUGAAACUGGGUAAAAAAGGCAAAUUACACAUCUUUCUCUGGACACAACACAGUAUUUGAUCAUCAUUCUUGGAGCGUGUAUUACUUUUUAGUUUUCUCACGUCCCAGUUAUUACUUUUUACUGGGACAUUGUUGCCGAUGUCUGUUUUGUCAGUGUGACAGAAACACAAGCAGUAACUUUAUGUGACUCAAUAUAUCAGCCAACUUUUCUUUCAUGUGUUUAGUUGUGUAUUUAAAUGUGUACGCUGUGAAAGUGGUUCCUUGGAUUCUUGCACUUGGAUUCAAUAAUUCAAAACUGGAUCCAGAUUUUUCAAAAUGCCAUCAAACUGAAGACCAAAGUAGGAUGUACAAAGUGAACUAAGUUGAAGCAGUUUCACAUACCCGCCCCCUCUCUUUCUUCUGUCUGUCUCACAGCUGUGUCUCAUAUGUUCAUGAGGCCCCUGGAAGUGUGAGACACCAGAAGGGGAACAUUUGCAAUAGCUCAGCUCCACCUGGUUAGGCUGUUUUAACAGGCCGCCACUCAGUGCAGUGCACACAGUGGGGUUACGCCAAAAACGGAGACAUGGGGCGGACAGGACAGGCGGACAAAGAGGGCGGGAGAGGGGAAAGUGGGCCUCCACCCUCUGUGUCCUUGCACCCCGACCUCACACUGCUUCAUUUGAGGGUCAGUUUACCCUGAAAAAAGUUUCACUGUCGUGUCUGUGGGCCGGUCUGGUCAGACCCCCCUCCAACCAACCUCAUCCGCCUUCAAAGGAUCACUGCCUGCUGCUUUCUGAGGCAACACGUGAAAUAAAUAUUAACCUGACCUCUGACCGCACGCUUUGAGCUCUUAAACAGAGAUAACCAGGCAGACGAAAAAAUCCCUCACUCCUAGAAGGGAUUCGACCUGCAUGAUGAGAGAAAAACAUGCUGUGUGCAAUAUUACUGAUCCAUACUUGCCAUAUGCUGAGUUGAAGUGAUGAAUAUUCAAGUUAUUGUGAAGAAUAGAACGUUUCUAAGUUAGUUUUGUAGCGAUACUUCUCUGCUGUGUGGUCUAUUUCGGGAGUUGGUUUCAUGCUCCAACCUGAUGAAGAGUUGAGCUGUGCAUUUUUGCAUGUUGUCUUUGAUUAUAGUGGGAAAAGUUUGCAUGCAAGUGUGCUCAAAAUGCUCCAGGCUAAAAGCUGACAACAAGUAAAGCGAGACGACCAAAACUGUGUAGAUGCAUUUUGACCGAAUAUGAAGUGUCUUUAUUUUCUCAGCAGUUUCUUGUCCGACUGUAGGACGGUUCAAACACAUUUUGUUCUGCUUUUCAGCUUUAGUUGUCCUUGUCAAAGGCCCCUCAGUGCAGCUCACCCAGCCGGGCCUCAGCCUGUGCCCGCUGUUUACUGUGACUGUCAUCAGGCCCAUGGAGGCCCAAACAAAGGGGGGUCUGUUCCUAUUGUCCUGCCCAGGAUUGUCAGCCCCUCUCUGGGCACAAACUGAGCCAAGGACUGGGGGGUUGCUGCAAGAGCACUGGGGGAGUUUGACCUCGCCAACCUUUACAGCAAGGGUAAGAGAGCAAGAGAACGAGGGGAAGACAAUGAAAGAGUGAGAGAAAAGAAAAAAGAGAGGAAGAUGUAGAGAGGAAGAUGUAUAGUUCUAACUGGAACAAAGACCCUUUCAAGUCCCCUGUUGGAAACUGCUGUAAUGUAAACACCUGCGGCCAUUAGCUGAUUCUAUCUGAGGCCCCGGAUAGAAAUGUUUAUAUGUUACAGGCUACUACUGAAAGGCUUUUUAAAAGCAACUACAGGAUUAGAUACACAGAGUGAGUAGUGGCAAGCUUUCAGGCUCUAAGUUAUGUUAAAUUGUCAUCGGGGAAAGCGGAGUGGAACGCCUUUGAAGACAAGAACGACCACAUUAAAUGAGCAGGAAGGUGAGCUCAGCGUAGAAGACCCUAAGACACGCUCUGCCUCCUCCUUUCCUCCCUUCCUCUGUUUGCAAUCAUAGCCUAAGCCGUCUGGCAGCCUCUCUCGCUGUGCCAUUGAAGUUUAAUUUUAUUGUCAGAAAAUUCACCUGGCAAGCCAUGGCCCUGAAACAUUUCAACUGCAACGCCUUUUAAGCUCUUGUUUCUGGUUUUAGGAGGUCGACGGAGACAAAGUGGUCAUUUCUGGUUCCUCGGCCUGCCUGUGUCAGCGAGAGCACGGCGCACCAGAGGGUCAGGAGCGUUCCAUUAAAGUGUGGUGUUUAAGAGGUGCUGGGGCCAGGGGGGCAGAUGGGAGGAUGAAGCAGCUGCCAAACAUCUGCACCCCUCCUUCGCAGUCUGUGCUCUGUCUGCGCACCGCUGCCUUUGUCACAAACUUCCUGCUCUAGCCGUGGGGAUAAAAAUGCAGGGAUGUCUGCAAAAAUGCAGCAUGAAAUGGCACUUGUGAGGCUGUAAAGCUGCGCUCUGCGACAUCAAAGGAGAAGUUACUUUUAAGUUUCAAAACCACGUGAAGCAAAAUAUUCAGAGUGCACCUGCAGAAGGUUGACUGGCUAACAUAGAGUAGCAUUGUAACUGCCUGUUUCAACCUCUCCCACAGUGUUGAAGUUUCCACCCACACAGGCAAAUUCAUACUCUCUGAUAUGAGGUCUGUUAUUUUCAAAAAGCACGCCGUAACUGAAAGGCCUAUUGUCACUGUCUGCACAUCUGUCAUUAUUGAAUCCACACCAGCAUGCGGCCACCGGGAAUUGUGGGAAGGGAAUGACGAAAACUGCUUUAAUAUGAAGUUGAAUAAGCACAAUGACCAAAAAUCUUGUCCUAAUCCGUUUUGUAUUUGCACUUGUAGCCUCAAGCUGUACUUUAACUGCAAACAAAAGCCAACUUCGCCCUAUCUCCAUUAGGAAAACCUCUCUCUCUCUCUCUCUCUCUCUCUCUCUCCUGCUCCUCCCAGCAUGCAGCGCCUCCUCACAACUUGUUCGUGUCUCUCUCCCGGUCUGUUCGCAGCCUCCACACUCUCUGCUCUACACUUUGAUGUUGUUGGCUACAGGUUGUGGAUGAGGACGGAGGUCCGCGCGAACACCACUUGAAGAAACCCCCCCUUUUGAGAACUCUGGAGCAGAGUUGAUGUUGAAUUUCGGAGCACUUCCCUCAACAUGAGGGACCGCACUUGACUUCGGAUUUUGAAAACAGGUUGCCUGUUGCUUGAAGUUUGAUAUCCUUCACAAGAGUUUCGGCGAUCAAAACUGAGCGUAAAUACGCACGGCGAGCACCAUGCCACCGAUGUUGGAUCGACGUGCCCCCGCUUUGCUCUUAGUUUGGAGCUACUGCGUCCUGGCGGAUACUGCUUUUACGAACUUUACCUUGGACAACGAGUUCCACUCCAGUUUCAUCCACCGUCGCCUGAAGAGCCAGGAGCGCAGGGAGAUGCAGCGCGAGAUCCUGUCGAUUCUGGGGCUGCCACACCGGCCGCGACCCCACCUCCACGGCAAGCACAACGCUGCCCCGAUGUUUAUGUUGGACUUGUACAACGCCAUGUCCAUAGAGGGGGACGAGGACAGAUACUCUUACCCAUACAAGCCCGUGUUCACCACUCAGGGGCCCCCAAUUGCCAGCCUGCAAGACAACAACUUCUUGAACGAUGCAGACAUGGUCAUGAGCUUUGUCAACUUAGGUAUGCUGCUUACUUUUGUUGAUAGUUUUAUUACUUUAAACUUAUUUUUGUCUUUAACUAAGUCCUGACAUUUAUUGAUGCUUAAGAAGUCACCACUUGUAGCCCAGUUUGUUUCAAAGGAAAAUACUUAAUAUUUGAGUUUUAAAUCUAGAAAUAUUGUGCUAUUUGGUUGGUAUUUUGACAACUACAGGGAUAUUAACUCCUUAAAAACAGAUUAUCUUUUAAUUAAGCUCUGUUUUUACAGUUUUAGUUUGAAGUUUAACCGCUCAUAAGUGUGCUUAUGUUUAUAUUCUGUCAAUCACUAUCAAUACUUUACUGGCUCAAGAAUACAAAUAGUUCCGGUGCAACUGACCAUGCAUGCACACCAGAGAGACCUGCACUGUAACCUUAUUUACAAAGGAAUCGGUGCAGUUUUUUCAGUUAUUGCUAGGAGUGUCACAUUCCAGUGUCCUUCUCUGUUAAACAGCUGUGCAACCAGCUAAUGCUCAGGUGCUGCACUGUGGAUGAUGAUGGAGGCAGCCUGCAGAUAAUAUGUCAACCAUGUGUUAUCUAAAGAAUGAGUAAGUCAACAGCAGACUAGGUUCAAAGUGCACCGGGUCCUCCCUCACUCUAAUCUGGAGACAUCCCUGUAGACACUCAGACUGCAGAAUAAUGCCAGUCAAUGACGAUACAGACGGAGUUUAGUUAAUGAAAGUUGAUCUCACUGUGAGUCAUUCGAUGUUUUGGUUGCACUUUAAUGCAAUAGUUGGUUUUGGUUGUUGAAUGUUGUUUCUGGACCGCUGCGCUUAUCUUAUCAGAAUGUUUCCUUAAAUUUAACAGUCCUGGGAUUUUUUAUUGCUGUCAGGAACACUGAGAGGUUGUUAAAUGCAAAUAAUCACAGCAUUCGCAGGCGGUGUCAGAUUUAUUGAGAGAUAAACCCAUCAUUAUAUCGCAAUUUGUUAAACAAAUUAUGUAGUCACAGCAACUGCUCCACUUAUCAGCCGGCUGUGUUAUUUUGGUUUAUCAACCUUUGACACUGUUUGGCAGAAAAUUUUGAGCAAGUAGAGUUUGCAAGACUGGAGAAACUUUGGUGGAUUUCUGCAAAAAGUUGGACGUUUGCUCUGAAUCCUGGAAAGAUCAUUGUUGGAGUGUCUUGGCAGGAGAAAGGGAGGUGACACUGGCUCCUCGGCUGCACUGUGUAAUUACUGUGGAAGCUGCUGCAUUGUGACUAUUUUUGACAGCCUGUGACACAGAUGGAUUUGACCACAGAGACUCGCAAAGUCAAGGGCCUCGCGGAGUCAAUGGCCAAGGCUGCACGUAGUAUAACUGAGGAGAAAGGAGGAUAGAAAGGAAAGAUGAACAAGGGCUCGUGAUGAUGCUUAAAACAGGCAGAAAAUCCAAACUAAGAUGGGCCACACCAGCGGGACAGAACAUUUUUAUCUAAUUUAUAAGGCAGACCAUGGAAAGAAAGUCAUACUGCUUUCCUGCAGUCUUGUUGGUAAUGCAAUUACUAAUGGCAUUUACCCAGGUUGAGCAUUCUUCACCGGUUGUGUUCAGAUUUUCCAUGUUUUUCAUUGGUUUGAUAAUUAGAAACGACAUUUGUUUGUGCAAUCUGCUCCAUGUUAAAUGUAAGGUUAUGUAUAUUAUCGAUUAAGUGUCCAGACCGCUUAUUUAAAGCGGAUUAUAGGCAAUUCACGUGAGAGAGGGACACAGAGAAGUAAGUGAUGGCUAUCAAGUGAAUCGACUAUUUCCUCUCUAAAUUCCUUCCUUUCCACAUUUUGCUCAUUGUGGGUUUGUUUUCUUAUUUGGGUUGUCUGCGAGCAAAAUGAGUGCGGCUUAUAUUUUAAAAACUGUCCCUCAAAAACUCUGCAUGUCUCCAGAACUACCAUGCCAAGGUACAUUAGUCAGACUCAGUAGACUGCUUCCUGAGAACUGUUUUCCUGCACCAGUUUGUAUUUUCGUUUAUGACCCAAACUAAACGCUAUGGCACGAUCAUGAGUGGUUUUACUGAGUAAGCCAAUGAAAGAAGUCAUCUUCUGUAAAAACACGCUUUUACUAUCUCCUCUUUUUCUUUCCUGACUGCCACUGAGUGGAGCUCAGAUGUUUUUUGUCAGCUGGUGUGAGUGUCUUAGACUUAAGUGCAGCCAGCCAGGACAGGCGGGCGUGGGCUCAGAGGCAGUCAGACCCCAGGUCAGGGACGUCCACUCACUGAGUCACUGCAUUUUAAAAGCCCAGCUGUGCUAACGACUUACGGCAUACGUGCAGAAUGUACACGUAACGCACGUCAUCCAGGCACUGGGUGUGUGCCGGACAUGCCACGAUAACAGCCAAGCAAGUGAACGCAACACGCUCGUUUCCUCGCUUUAAAGGUGGCGACAGGAAAGUGACCUAAAACAAAACAAAAAGAAACCAAUAAAGGGUGAUUUUUUUUUUGUAUAUCACUUGCCAAUAUUAACAGGAAAACUCUAAAUUUGGCUUUCUGCUUACACACACAGAAAUAACUCAUACGUUGUCAUAAUUAUUUAAUGUAGUCCCAGCGGUCUCUGGCAGCAUUAGCCCUCAGCCACCACAAAUUAAAGCAUUUCCCCUCAAAGAAACCACAGCUACCAGGACUUUGGACCACUUCUGAUGCCAGUCCUGGGCUUUAAUGCAGUUCACUCCAUGUUAGACCCCCACACAGGACGGUUGUUCACCAAGCACACGCACAUGAAGCCCAGCGUUAAUGUCAGUCUACAUCUCACAGACCACAGGAAGCAACAAUGAACUCAGCAUCUGCUGUUUGCAUCCUGGAUGACUGAAACAGUAGCAGCAUCAUCACCUGUGUGUCUGUCUGGGUGAAGGGUUAAAGUCUUUUACUGUAAAAUGCCAUCAUGAGUCAUUGCUUCCUUAUUUCCUUUGUUUUCAUUCAGUCCUGCUGGGAAUGACAUAGCCUUAGGUGAGUGUGUGUUAAAGGGGCAACCCAACGUUUUAAGCCAAACUUAAAAAGUGGGUAGUUCAAAUUAGGAUUUCGUUUUUCUUCCUCUUCUUUUGUGAUAAUUUUGGAAGUGAUUUUGCAUUCAUGGGGCUUAAAGUCACAAAAAUCAGUCUCAUUAUUUGGAUUGGAUGUUGAUAUUCCCUUUUAGAUUAUCUCUUAGGUCUAUGCCUGUGUGGCGCCGAUGCUGGCAAAGUACAAGCAUCCAAAAAAGUGAACAAACAUAUUACGCCUUUAAAACAAAAGCACUACCAAGGCAUCUUUAAUUGCUUGGUGCUCUUGCUGCUGUUAAUCUGCACCAGAUGUGAAACUAAACAGAGUUGAAGUGUUGUAAACAAAAAUCCACAGCUUUCUCUCUCUCAUUUCAGCAAAACGCAACAUUUAAAUAGUCCGACCCGACCGAAGCCGCGAUGUUGCACACAGUAAGCAGUCUAAUUGAGUUAUAUUAAAGCUUCGCCCUGUGUUUAACCAGUCAGUUGAGGCUGUGAUCAGAAGGGAUGGUAGAGACUUGGCAGAGUGAGUCAGUGCGCUAGCAGGUAAUUAUCUCCUGUGUUACCGUGGUGACUUGACGGGGCACCACCUGGCCCUCCACCCGUUCAUAACCCUCUGUCUGCUCCCGCAGGAGCUGCCCGCCACACAAUAGUCUGCCAGCUCUCCCUGCUUUAUAGAACCUGUUAACAUGAAGGUAAUGGAGAGCAGAGAGGGGAAGAAAUGUGUAACCGUUCAAUUAGUUUGGCUUUAUUAGAGAGUUUGGCUCUCAGACAGCACUGUGUCACAUCCACCGCUGCAGAUGUGUCACAGUCCGGCCUCAGCAGUGGCACGCAGAGCGAGUUUUAUUGCUGAGCAGAGAAGCCAAGAGGUCUACAUUUGUAAUAUCUAAGCUCAAAUAUCCCUCGAUCUUCUUUUUUCUGAAAACAUACUCGUAUCUCCUGUUCCCUCUCCCUGCGUCUGUCUCUUUAUUGCUCCUCGCAUUCCUCUCCACAGCGGGCUCAUGGUGCUGAGGCUAAUACAGAUGUUUUCCUGCCAGAGCAGCUGUGCGGAGAAACUUUAUCUUUUCAGAGUCCAACAAGUCCCCUCACCUCGACCCCCACCGUCAUGUCUGGCCCUUUCUCCGAUCUUGUCCGCACGCACCACCAUCUGAUACCAGAUUUCCCUCCCUACCUUCCUUAAACCAACAGUAUUGAUUAUCAGCACCGGUCUCCCAGUUUUAAUUAGUUAGUUAUCAUACGGUCUCAGAGGUGCUGUGUGGUGUUUAGUCUCCAACUUCCAGCUCUGGCCCUCAUCUCCAGAGGUUUAAACCUCCCAUGCUUCCAGACAUAAAACAUUUCAACACUUUCUCAAGUUCUGUAGUGUGUUUUUCCACUCCGCAGCUCUCACUCUCUCACAUACACACUCACUUCCUCUGGGCCCAAAACACAGCUCUCUCUUUCUCUCAACAUCAUUUCCCACUCCUCCUUCAAAAACACGCUUACACACACUCCAGCUUUUUUCUUCUUCUUCUUUUUUUUAUCUGUCAGUGAGUUGUUGCAGCCUGAUGAAUGAUUCUGAAUGUGAGCUGCUACCCUGGAUGAUCUUUCAUAGUUCCCAUCAAAAGAGGAUCAGAAAGCUAAAAGAUGAGUCCUCCUCGUCCUCGAAACUGCUAACCUGCCUCCCUUCCUCUUGUAAAUUUAUGUAAUCGCUUCUGUUUACACUCCUAGCAGACUAAUGCGCUAAUGCAAGUGUACGACCAGUCUUUUAACUCAAACAGGAAUGUUUCUGGAGCUUAUUAGUGUCAUUGCAUGCAUGUUUUAUUAGCUUCUGCUGGUCAGGGAGGAAUGUAACAGCUGGUACAGACAGCCCAGCUUUACUGUCAGGUUAUUUCUCUUAAUACUCUCCAAAAUAAAAGAUGUAUUAUGACCAGAUCUGGCUUGAAAGUAAAUACCACCAGAAAAUCCAGGAAUUUUAUUUUUAUUCUAACAAUUUAGUAUCUCUGAGAUCACCUGUUGAACCCAGGAGUCCAGAAUGACAUCUGGAUGCACAUAGCAGAGCCUCUAUGACUUGGCCGGGCUCAGGCACUUGCUGGGAGAGAUGAUGAAACACUCGGCGGGUGGGACUUGACAAUGUGGCGAGUGGUCAAAAGACCCAGAUGCACUGAACAGCGGGAGUUUUAGGUCUGCCUCAGUGAUGGACGGACCUCCUUCACUGCCAGGAAUGUCGGGUUUAUUUUAGUUUUCAUAAUAAUUUCACUUUAUUGCUUUCUGUCCAUCUUUAUAAAAUAUAGUUGAAUUAUUUUAUGGCAAACUCACAGAAUUUCUUCUUCUUUUCGAUGUGCAAUACUCCAAAAAAUGUGUAUGAACAGGCACGAAGAAGUACAGAGGAUAUCUGAAGGAUAAUCUUUUUAUCUGUGUGGUUUCUUAUCAGUGACUGGCAGUGAUACUGGGUAUUAAGAGGAGCUAGGGCCCGGCCAAAGAUCUAGACAUAGUGAAGGGGUGAGAGAAGAAGGAUAGGAGGGUGCAGAGGAAUGAAAAUGUGGCUCAUGAAUGGAUUAUUUCCCUUAUUCUAGUUCCUUGUGGGUCUGUAAAGUCGCUCAGAGCAUUUGACUGAGCGCAGUCAUGUGUUUGUGGAUAGUAAAACACUAUUUCCGCGCCACCUACCCUGCCCAGUCACCAGCUGCGCUGUGUGAUGUGUGUUCGCUCUACAAGCUGAGGACUGCGUUAGCGGAAGCCGGUAAUACUGACCAGAUUCUUCACCCGACUACGACAUCCGAAUCAAAGCUUGUAAAAGCCGAGCUGCAGCUAUAGCGUGGUGCUUUUAUGAUAAGUGAUGACAUUGUGCGUCUGUGCAGCACAGAGUAUAAACUGCAUGUGGUGGCUUCCUAUUUAUUUAGGCAAGUGUGCAGCUGUGUUUCCCUGUGUUUCCGUCAUCGCACUUUUGUUUAUUUUAAAAAGCAAUAGGCUGCAAUUAAACAAAAUAAACAACAAGCUGUUAAAAUCCGGGUGCCAAUGUGCCCGUCAUGCGUGCGUCACACGCCAAGAGGAAAUUAUAAAAGUUUUAUGUAGACACCAUGUAGACACAUGUGCGUCCUUUGGGGCCAAUGAGUGUAUUGUAUGUGAAUUUUCCUGAGGUCUAUAAUAAGAGGCGGCUGGGCUGGUGGAGGAGGGUGUGGCCCCUACUGCCACAAAAUUAAAGAACAUAAAAGCAAAGGGAAGAGGGGAAGAGUGAGUGGAGUGGGGGAAACUGAAUGGCUGUGGUUCUCUACGUCUCCGAGUUGUUUAAUCCUGAGGAAGUACAGAUGGUUACGGUGGUAUCGGCGCGCAGAGAUCCCUCACAGUCUCUUCACACUGCUUCAGCCCUGUCUCUUAACACGUUGUAUCACUCAGCAGAACAAUGGAGGUCGAGGAUUUAGGAUGUGGUUUCUUUGUUGUCACUGUUGCCUUUCACUAGAGUUCAAUCUCUUGACAGAUCUCUGAGGGAAGAUGAUGAAGUUCCCAUUUCCAAGAUGACUCAAUUUGUCCUGCAGGCUCUUUAGUCACUGUGGUGUGUGUGUGUGGGCUCUUCAGAUCCACCAGUUUGGUUUCUAAUAGAGGAGAGGCUGAUUCAAGAAUAAAAGCAUUGAAAAUAUAAUAUCAUGUGUGUGCAGCCUCUUAAAAUCAGGAGUGCUGGCUCAAACUGUGUUUAUAGACAAAAGUUUUUGGAUGUGAUUUUGAGCCUAUGCAGUGGUGUCCACUACAGAGCAUGUCUGUUUUUGUGUCUUCUGACACUCUGAAUCUUGUGAUGAUAUAACUGUAGUUAAAUUAAUUGCAAUUUUAUGCACUGCAACAUUAUCAUGAUAUUGUUGAACUAAUGCUGCGCUCGAUUUACCUAAAAAUGAUGUCACACCCGAGUUCCCAGCAUUUCAGUUACCAAGUCGGAAAAAGCAAAAUUGGAGGUGGAAACAAAAUGGCCACAUCAACGAAAGUUACUUUAGUGCUUGCUUUAUGUUCAGACAAGUCAUUUUCAACUCGGGCUUCUGACUUCUGACUUCUCACAAACUGGUGAACACUUGGAGUGCCGUUGUUGAACCUGUUUCAAAUUUUUGUAAUUAUUAGGAGAUGAUCCUCCAGCCUUGCACACAUUUUUCUUUGUUUCGUUGGUGUAAUUGGUCCAAAAACAGUUUAAAAAUAAGCAUCAAGGGUUUUAUCUUGUGUUUUCUUAAGCCUUCUCAGUCAGCCUUCACUUCACUGGAAUCUCAGCCGGCUGCAGCCAAACGUAGAUAAAAUUAUCCAGCUUAACAUCAUCUUAUUUUGUUUGUCUGGAAGUUGCUGUUGAUUUGAUGGACAGUGUACGAGCUCUGAAAGAUGCUCCAUAGUGAGUCAGUUCGGGUAUAAAUCACUGCUACAUGAUGCCCAUUGAGGCAUGAGACAGAACCCAGUCCUACAGUUUACGGGUGCAGAGGGCGAGCACGUUUGAUGGCCGCAGCGAGAGGGAAAAAGAGAGGUCAGCAGAGCCGCUGUGAGCAGAAACUAGAAGCUCUUGAUUGCCUUCCGGCUGGCAAACCCAGAAAAGUUUGGUUUGACCACAAGUCUUAAAUGUUAAGACUCCUUUUCCUGUGGUUGCCGUGCCUGCACAUGCACGCACGCACGCUCAGGGGCGUGUGUGAGUGUGUGCGAUCGUGCACGCACGGUUAAUGAUCGUUAAAUGUGAGUAAGUUAUUGCAUGAAACUCCGCUGACCCUUUCCCAGGGAGCCGGCGCUGACAGGCUCCACGGCAGAACAAAUACAUCACACAGGCAUGAUGUCAUCAAUGGUUGCCAGUGGGCAGGAUGUUUCCUGAAGUGGUAAUCGUCCUACUGUGGGUAGUCACUCUGUACCCGGGAGGACAAACCCUCUUUACUCUUUAUGGGAUAAACAUCUUGAGCAAUCUGCCCGUUUCGUUUUUUCUUCCUGUCUCUCCUUCUUGCUUACGGAAACUAUGACUUACUUGUUCCCACUCCUGUAGUUAAAACAUUGUUGAAGUAAGAGCAACAAAAAGACAGAAAGAAACAGAUCAUUAAAGUGCCUCAAUCAAACAAAUGACUCUAUGAGGUGUUGAAGCUGUGCAGUCAUUUUUUAAAGGCCUCAAGGCUCUCAUCAUAAAGUGAUCCAAACCUGUUUUGAUUGGCCAAUUGCUUUAUCGGGCUGUACAGGGGACACAGAAGGAGGUGCAGAUAAUAGUGGCACAGUUAUCUCAAAGAAAAGGAAGGGAAGGAGCUUAAGCCGUGUGUGAGGAGAAGUGAGAGCAGUGCAAAGGGUGAGAUCCCCCUCCUGCAGAGCAGCGGAAGCGCGCAAGGUGUGAGGGCGGCCGACAGACACUUGGACUAAUGCGAGCCGUCAGAUUUGUCCGCUGCUGCUCCGGAGCUGGAGGUGUCGGAGAAGUGUCUUAGGUCUACAGGCCCUGCAGGGGAGAGGGGAAAGGAGGCAGAGGAGAGGGGGAAACAAAAGAGGGACGUGGGAGACAUGAAAGAAAUUAGUCAAAGGCAAAGGCGGAUAAUGAUCAACAACCAAAACCAACAAUCACAGCUUGUCUACGUUAACGUGUGUACGUUUGUCAGUGGAUUUUCUAAAAAGUUAUUCCAAUUAUAUCUUAAAACUUUUGUGUUAAGUAACUUGAGCUGAAGUAAAGUGUGUAUUAGUUUACAACAGCAGGCUGGGGUAUGUGUGGCUGUCAUAUUGGUAGUACUAAAGAGGGCAGGACAACCAGCGCUACCGAUCAAAGACUUAAAAAAACAUGGACAUCACCCGCUUUUUUUUAGGAAUGGAAGUUUAAAGUCCUCCAGCAAAACUUGUAGUUCAGGAAAACAGCUUUAUUCGACCGACGUGUUUCGGCUUGUGGCCUUCAUCAGGGUCAUCAGAUAUGCAUUAAAAAAAACAUCCCUCAGGCCUUUGACCAAAAUGAUGCCACUGACACCUCCCUUUGGACAGUUCCCCUCACCCCCUAUCAGCACCUUAAUUGCUGACAGGUGGUACAAUUAGGUGCUGACUAAAUAGACACACCCCUGCAGCCAUUCCAUUGGCUGACUCCGAUGUAACUGCACAUAACUUGUCAAAUCUUGUAACUGUUCAAUCUUCCCCAAUUUCAAACCUACCCUAUUGAAGUGUUGCUCUUAAUGCAUUUCUGAUGACCCUGUUGAAGGCUUCAAGUUGAAACACAUUGGUCGAAUAAAGCUGUUUUCCUGAACUACAAGUGUUGCUGGAGCUCUUUUGCCCUCUUUAAGACCCUUUUUCUCUAAGAACCUUGGAAGUUGGUUAAGUUGUUCCAGAAUUUUUGUCCUCUAGGAUUGGAAACUUAGAAAUCCAACAUCCGAUGCUGCUGACUCAACCAAACUUUCAAUCAAAGCCCACUUUAAAUGCAAGGAGGUGGGCUUAUGUCCCUUUAGUAAACAGCUAGACAGAAUAAUUAAAAACAAAAUAUUCAAUAGCUAUAGAGUGAUGAACCUCAAAUCACUGAGUCGGUUUAUUCUGUUCGCACACUGUCAGCUUGCAAACAGAGUCAUGAGGCAACUGUUGGAUACAUAAAUCAUGAAAGAUGCUAACGUGGUGUUGAUACAGUUGUAUCUUCUGGUUACCAGGUGCACUGUGGGAAGUCUUCAUCAUUCCCCGUGUCUGUGAUGUGCUCUGCCAUGCACGUGUGUGGUCCAUACGAGUCCGUGAUGUGGUAUCACUGUGCAUCAUCAGCAGCAAAUCAGAUGCAGAGCAAAUGAUAAAAGCAGUGCUCUCUGUACAUUUGUGUGCAUGUGAAUGUGGCUGCAUCUCUAAUUAUGGAUUACGGAAACCCAUAAUGAUUGUGUUACCGUGCUGUGACGCACACGACUGUUCGCUCCACAGGAAAUACUUUCUGAUGAUUGUUUGUGUGCAUCCGAGUGUACGUGUGCGCAUGUAAGAAGCCGUAAGUGAUCCAGACUCAGAUUGGAGGGCUUAGCAUGAAAAAGGGUGGGUGCACUGUGUUUGUGGUGGUUGCAUGUUUGUGACACAGGUGGGGCAAUGGCUACUCACUUCCUCCCACAGGAAGUCAUAAAUGUACCGCUUGGCUUUGACUGCGCCUCUCCCCCUCAUCUAAUGACUGCCAUACAGUUGUAAUGACCUGGAAGAGAAGGACAACAAACAAAAGCAGAGUUAUAGCCAAGUUCAACGCCACACUCUCUGGGAUGCUCUAAGUUUCUCUGAAAGUGGGAAAAAAUUAUUCAUGAGUGGAAAUGGAAAGAAACGCGAGAGAAGUAGUGCAUGUGGGAGUUACACGGCAGCAUCCAGCUGCUCGCACAGGCAAAGAUAAAGAGGUUUUACAGUGAAAGGGCGGGCGGCUGCUCUGGAGGCUAAAGAACAGAUCUGGCUUUCUCCCCAGAGGGAGUGCACCUGCACUGGGCUGCAGGAGGAGGAGGAGGAGGAGGGAGGGGCUCUCCAUGUGUUGGAGGAUUAACAGGACCUUGAAGCAGAGAGGUCUGACAGAGAAAUGAGUGUGAGGAGCUCUGAGGUCCUCGGGUUGGAUAUUAAAACAAAAAUGGUUGUAUUUGAGCGGAACGACGACCUCAAAAAUGUAUGUAUUUGAUUAAAUAGUAAUACGGUGCAGUUGUGUCAUAUCAAUAUUGAAUAUAGUGGAAAUGAAAACUCACUCGCAAAAUAAUCCAACUGGCAUUCUGUACUCUGGACACUGUGAUGAAUUUUACCAACAAAAAAUUAGCCUGCCAAAAUUUGUAACUUAAAGUGACUGGCUGCUUCAAUUCCAAAUCUACAAAAUCUAGACGCACAAAUACAUCGCAAGCUGUCAGAUAGGAAAUACAUGAUAAAGUAGUUUGACAUGUUUUCAGUGUAUUUGUUCCACCAAGACCCCUUAAAGAAGAUAAAAUGUUAUGUUUUGUAAAUGGUGAGUCAAAAAACAAGAACUUGAAAUCCAGAUUUAACAGAUUGAACUCAUAAGAAUCUCUAUCAGUAACUUUGAUUUUUACCACAUUAGUUUUUACACCAUGAUUUGACAGCAGAGGAAUCUUUCUUUCUCAUGCCUCUGCAGUGGAAAGGCCUCGCUCAGGCUGCUAGCCUAUUGCAAGAUCCACAUAAGGUGGUGAAGCUUUGAUACAUGAACUGGAUCAUCUGUACAGAUAAGCUGCAUGAGAGAAAAAUCACUUUUUUUAUAAUAGCCUAUGAAAGCCACAAAUACCACAGCGGUUAAGUUUGUAUAACCUCUGGAAAUACUUCUGUAAUAAAACUGUGGGUCACAGCAGCACAGUGUAGCUGAAGGAAACCCCGAUGAUAUUGACAUACAUUCCAGGCUGAGAGUUAUACAGCCGUUUACUUCAACCUCUUGCUCCAGAGAUAAAAUCAGCCGAACAUGAAAGACUUCACGUACGCUCUCUUUACUUCACAUUAUGAAUAAAUAACUCACAACAUCUGCACAAUGAUAUGAGGAAAGGUCAUCGCUGCGGGAUUAUGUUUGGGAGCCAUCUGACUCGUAUGGCGUGUGAAGUUGAGUUUUAAGUGUUGUCACGAACCGCACUGACAAAAUACGCAAAAUAAGGCAAUUUAAAACUCCUCAAAGUCCCACCAGAAUCUGGUGUGUGGGCUUUAUUUUUCUAUCAGCUUGUAAAUAAUUAAAUUUGAUCGCGCUUGGAUUUGUUUAUGUGUUUAAAGCGAUGCGUGUUGGUGUGGGGGGUCUAGCUGACAGUCGAUGGAGAGGAAGGUGGAGGAAGAAACCAGGAGAUGAUGAGAGACAAGGCGCUGACCCCUGGGACGUCCUGCUGGCACAUGAGAGGAGCGGGGUCGGGGGGCAUGUCUUGGGGGGUGCAGAGGGCUGGGGUGUGGGGAUGAGAGCGAGGAGGGUACACCAAACAUGAAUCCCCGGCUCAUGAGAACCAGAUGAAGGGCAGACCGAACGACUCUCUGGGGCUCUGGGGGGAGAAAAAACAUAAGAGAGGGACUCAUAAAGCUGUCAGAGUCCGCCUGCAUCUCUCUAUCAUUGGCUCUGUGUGCACCAGAUGCAUCGCAGCUCGUGCAAGUCCUCAUAAAUGUUUCAAUCCUAAGCCAACAUGUGUACAGCAUAUCUAUGGAUAGUUUCUAUCUGGCAAGCUAUGUCAGCUUCUAGCUAGCAACUGGAAGUGAUGUACUAUGGAGGAUGAAUAAAUUGUCGGUAAUGAGAAAGGACAUUUGUUUCCUUGAUGCAACUUAAUACCACGGGAAGAAAAAAACCCUUUCUGGUGUAAUUUACAACUCUAUCUAAAUACAUGUAUCCCUGCUGGUUAAGAGAGGAUGCUAAACAGCUCAUGAAAGCAACAUUCACUGCAAAACUGUAUUUUCUGUCCAUCUUGUUUUGCAGUGGAGCAUGAUAAAGAAUUCCUACCGGUGAGGCGGCAUCACAAAGAGUUCAGAUUCGACCUAUCACGGAUCCCAGAAGGCGAGGCGGUCACCGCUGCCGAGUUUCGUAUUUAUAAAGACUUCAUCCAUGAACGUUACGAGAAUGAGACUUUCCGUAUCAGCGUCUACCAGGUGCUGGAGGAGCACUCUGACAGGUGAGUAAAAGGUUAUUCUCAGCAGAGCAUAUUUCAACAUGCUGACUUUGUGAUUGUCGAUUUGCAAUGGCUCUCUCUGGAUCAUCUUCAUCUUGAGAUCCUGAAGAAUUUUAAUCUCCUCGUGGAAUCUCCUGUAACCCGGCCAAACUCUCUCCAUGUAGCCCAGAAGGUGUAUGUAACUCCGAAAGCGGUCCAUGUCCCGCUACCCUCGACUCCUCCUGAAGGUUCCUGUUGUCCGGGGGGAACAACACGCUCAUUUAUUCCUUUGCCAGAGACAGGCCUGAAUACAUGAAUGAACCAGAGCUGUGUGACACACUAUCUGCCCGGUCAGAAAAUGGGUCGGGAAACAUGAAUGGCCACGUGAAGAACAAGGGAUUUUAGUCUCUGACAGUGAAAGAGCAGAAAAUAAAGAGUUCAGUGUUGGACAAUGGGACUGACUUGGACAUGGACUAUUGGACACUUGCUACUUUUCACACAGUUUUUUUUUCUCUUUCACAGCUGUGUUUUUUCUUUCUCUCUCUCUUUCUCUUUCUGUCUCUCUCUCUCUCUUUCUCUUUGGCUUUCUGGCUCUCCCUCCAAAUUCCAUCCAGUGAUGGACUGUGUUUUGUGUGUGAAAAGACCGGUCGUUUAUAAAGCCAUUAUUGUCAAUUAAGAAAAUGAAGUGUUCCCUUGGGCCUCACCAUCUGGAGCCCUCCCUCCCUCCCUCUCUUACUCACUCUCUCUUUUUUCGCUCCUUCUUCUAACUCUUUGUUUCACUCCGUCACACUCCUCUGACUCUCUCGUUUCACUCAAUUACUGUUCUUUUUGCCUCGGUCACUGGGCUUUACGCAGUGUUAUAUGUUUCGACCCAUCUUUUGUAAUUGUGCACAUAAUCUCUGUUGAUUUAAGUGAAUCUCUUACUGUGAGUUGUGAUUGUUUCCUCCGCCUUCUCCAGGGAGUCUGACCUGUUUCUGCUGGACUCCCGGGUGAUCUGGGCAGCAGAGGAGGGCUGGCUGGUGUUUGACGUGACCGUCACCAGUAACCACUGGGUCCUGAACCCUGGUAGAAACCUGGGUCUGCAGCUCGCCCUGGAGAGCACAAACGGUGAGAAUCAACCAGAUUAGUCUAGUCCGGAUCAUAUUGGUGAUAUGAGGUAGCAAAUAUAAAAAUAGAAAGCUCAAGAUGAACAAAAUACACCUGAAGAAAUUAGUGUCAUUGCUUGUGAAAAUAAGAAUUGACCGAUUAAUUGGCAUUUGGACAUAAUCAGCCUCAUAUAAGCAAAUUUUAGCAUUUUUCCCAUUACCCAUUAAUAGCUCACAAUUUCCAAAACAGUCUGUAACUAGUGUUUUAAUGGUGCUUUGAAUUGUUACAUUUAGUAUUGACCCCAAUAUCAACCAAUUUAUAGCAGAACCCAAUACCUGUCUUUCCAUUCAUUCAUUAAAAUUCCAUCUGAGACAUAUGACCGUGCAUGUUAGAUUUCAGUGUGCAUGGAAUAAUGAAUCUGGACAUGACUUUUCUGUUUUUGUUUUAACCCUAAUAUUUACCUUUUUUAAUACUUUUCUUCCUAAAAGCUACUGUAAGGAACUUUUGGUUUGUGUCGAUUUUGGCGCCCCUGGUGGACAAAGCAGUAAAAUUAGAUAUUUACUAAAAUUUGGCAGUUUGUAAAAAAAAAAAAAAAAGAAUGUUGGUAUUAUUAAAUUAUUUUGUGUAAAUUAUUAAAUUAUUAUUAUUAUUAUUAUUUUUUUAAAUUAUAUUAUUUAUUAUUUAAAAAUUAUUUUAAUAAUUUUAUUAAAUCAUUAAAAUAUUUUGCCAUUAAAAAAACAAAAACAAAAACAGCAACACAGUGUUAUAUCACCAAUAUAAACCGGUCAACUUGGGCGAUCAUGAGGGAAAAUAUAAAGAUGACACAUAGUCAUAGAGAGUGAGAGUGUUGGUCCUGUUCACGUUCAGGUGAAAAUCUGAAUGUGAUCAAAUGUAGUGUUGUGAAUAUGUGGGUCAACAUGUGGUAAACUCAUCGUGCAGUUUUUUUCAUGACAAUUUGGAUAACAUCGCCAUUAUUCAGUAGCUUCUUGUGAAACAUAACGUAGAUAAAGAUUUCACAGUGGGUCAAGUCUGACCUAGAUUUUGAUCAUAAAAGCUGCUGAUUUCAGAGCUAGAUUUCUGUGGCGACUGAAUAUGUUUAACAGACACACUAGAGUUGAAAUGAAGUGGUACUUUCAGCUUUGGUAGAAACCUAAUUACAAUAGGAGGAGUAUAAGAAACUGAACUCUUGCCAUCAGCUGAGUCAUAGAGAAACACAAAAGAACCGCCAAACAAAACAGGAUUACCUCAAAUUAAAAGAUGAAUUACUGUAAGGUGGGGUUGAUAUUGUUUGAUGUGUGUCAUGAAGUCUGAAGCUCACAUUCUGGCUGCGGAGACGCCAAAGAAUCAGCUUCUCCGCUCUCUCUACGCUCUGUGGGUAAAUGUAAGAGAUAAAUCAAACCCUGGUCCUCAUCGUACGUCAUCAGUCAUCCAUCCGUGUCUUCGUCUGUCAUACCCUCAUCAUCAUUUGAAGGCAUGCAGAAAAUACUUGGACUUAUCAGAAGGAUACAUCACAGCAGGAGUUUGUUGCAAACAUGGUUGUUUAAAACGUUAUCAACAAACAAACAGUGAGAAGUACUUGAGCAUUUUUGAGGAUAUUAUCUCUCAAAGGAUGGCAGGGUGUUACAUGUUUAGUGCAGAAGACAGACACUGUGUUGCUUUCAUGUUGUGGGAGAGGAGUGCUGUAUCCUUGAGUGUGUGUUUGUGUCUUAGAUUGGGUAUAAAGGGUUAUGGGUGAGCAUGUACAGGCAGGCGCACGGGACGUCCUGUCGCCAGCGGCAGAGCAGAAGCCUUGAUUUACCACCAGACAGCGAUCAGACACACAUUCUUCAGAGUGAGAGGUAGAUAGACACCGCUGGACGGUCAUGCACGAGCGCAAACACUCCCACACGUACAUGCACACAAACAUGAGGGAGGCUUUGAUGUUCAGAGCCGCGUUUGUUUUCUGCAUUUUAGAGAGGAUGAGUAAAAGGAGGGAGGCAUUCACAGAGGAAACUGAGUGCAGUGUUACUGACAUGAAAACAUGGUUUGAGUGAGAAAAGAGAGGACCACACACACAUUCACACACACACCAUAAACUCAAAACACAGGCACACAUGUGUUUGAUUUCAAAAGUAUCCCCCUCUUUUGGAAAACAUCACCCUGUUUGAAUAAGAUCUCGAUUUCUGCGAUGCCAACACCUGUUUCCUCUGUCUCCCCCUGCAGGAGAGAGCAUCAACCCUCGUGUGGCUGGGCUUAUUGGCCGCAGUGGGCCUCAGAAUAAACAGCCGUUCAUGGUGGCCUUCUUCAAAGCCACGGAGGUGCACCUGCGGAGCAUUCGCUCAGCAUCAGGAGGGGGGAAACAGCGCAACCCCAACCGCUCUAAGGGGGCAAAGAGCCAGGAGGCACUAAGAGUGGCAAAUGUUGCAGGUAAUCAUAUGCACUAAUAUAUGUUCAAAUCAAUCAAUCAAAUCUAAUUUUAUUUAUAUAGCAAGAGCAGGUCUAGACCACGCUCAUUGUUUGAUGAAUUAUCAAGACUCAACCUAAGAUAGGUCUACUGGACGAACCUUUUCUUAGGAUCUUCAAAAAACAGGAAACAAAGGCCCCCAAAUCAACCAUUUAUUUUGCUAAAUUAGUUCAUGUAUUCUAUCACCAACAUGUAAACACCAUGUAAUUAUUUGUAUUUGUAUUAUAUGUAUUAUCCAUGAUGUUCAUGGAGUUUAAAUGUCAUUCAUUGUAAUCCUCAGCUACACUCGUGCUGCGUUCAAGUUACCUCGGAAGUCAGAAGUCUGAGCUGAAAAUGACGUCACACUCGAUUUACUAGCGUUUCAGUUGCCAAGUCGGAAAAGAGCAAAAUCGGAGACAGAAACAAGAUGGCUACAUUUCUGAAAGUUAUUUUAGCACUUGCCUAAUAUUCGGACUAGGCAAGCGCUAAAAUAAUUUUCGUAGAUGUAGCCAUCUUGUUUCCGGCUUUUCUUUUUCUUUUUUUUUUUUUUCUUUUUUUUCCAACUUGGUAAUUAAACGCUGGUAACUCGGGUGUGACGUCAUUUUCAGCUCCGACAUCUGACUUCCGACUAGCUAUUAAUAUCAUGGAUACUAAAUGUGUUGUUUAAACUUGAGAGACAGCCAUGCAUCUGUGUCUUACAUCCCUUGUUUUGGAUUUCUUAUACCACUUUGUAGAUCGUAAAAUCUACGGCCCAGAAUACAGCAUUACUAUAUUAUAAAGGCAUUUUGGCCUCCCAUCCUGAGCUGAACCUAGCUUGCUGCAUGCAAAUAACUGCCAGCUGGAAUUAAUGUGAUUCUUGCCGAGCGAAACAUGACGAUGCAAACUCUCAGACCCUUUGUUUUAGAGGUGUUGGAAGUUUUCGAGGUGUUUAGAGCUGCAACAUUAGACUGCAUUGCCAGAGCGUCGAGUAUCCCUCUGCUGUCUUUGUUUAUUUACAUAAGCAUUACAGAGCAGUUGGGGCCAAGUUCCCUGCAUGGAGGUGAGGCAGUGCAGGCUUUUAUGGCAGAACACAUCUGCGGUGUGCUGUGGGGCAACCAGGGCCACAACACAUGGUCCAAAUGGGCCUGUUUGGAACGUUGGAUAGCAGCGCUCUUUAACUGGAUGAUGAGAACCAGUCGCUCAUGAUCAUUUCCAAUGUGAACCGCUCUGAGGAACUAAUGCACCACAGAGCCUCACGGGUCACCAGGAUAACCGAGUGAAAGAUACCGAUAGAUUAAAAACAGACGACUCUUUUUCAACACACAGCUGGGGGGAAAGGGGAACGAAAUGGUUGGAUAUGUAAAGAGAGAGGAGGAAUGAGAAUAAGUAAGACAAUGAAAAGAGGGGCGAGCCGACUCUGUGUGCACAUCUGUUCCAUCCAGUGGAAACUCAAAGCCUAACAGUGUGACCUCUUAGCAGGGUGGCCCAUUCAUUGGAACAAUUACACAACUGCUGUUUUAAAUCAGGUGAUUUCAUUCAGCCAUUGUUUAAAUAUUUUGUGUGCUGGAGCGGGUCCUGUUUACGUCUGUUCUUUAUCAUUUCUCCCUAAUUGAGGUCUGACUUCAGAAAAUAGUUACUCUUGUAACAGAAUGGGAUAAUAGCAUGUGUAUUAAAAUGCCAUUUCUCUCUCUGUCUGUCUGUCUUUUCAGAAAACAGCAGUACUGAUCAGAAGCAGGCCUGUAAGAAGCAUGAGCUCUACGUCAGUUUCAGAGACUUGGGGUGGCAGGUACGAGAGGCAUUCCUUUUGCAGGUUGUUCAGCCAGACGGAAGCUUAACUCAGACUCUCCUUGUUGAUGGUAUUACCCCAGAAUCCUGAUAAAUGAUGCACUAGAUCGGCACAUAAUACAGGAGCCUGUGGGAUGAGUUUUCUUUUAACCACUAGACCUUACCACACCUGCAAAAUCUUCCCGAACUGUUAACCCGUUACUGACCUGAUGCCACAGAAUAUGCAUUUUAAGUAAUUCUUUUUGUAAAAGCUUUUUUGUUUUUGCUCUUUUUGCUACAUUUAUAGUGAUUUUAUUGAUUUAUAAAUUAUUUAUUUAUGCGGCCAACAAAAUGGUCACCCAUAUAUGUCAGUGGCGUUGACCAUAGACUCUAUAUAGAAUGGACAGCAUCUGCCUCCUUGCUUGGUGAAGCCACCGCAAGAACAGCACCCUCUGGUGACGGGCGUCAGUAUAGGUCAUAAAUCCCGCCUCCCCAAAAAAAUUUUCUCCCCCUGCUUGCAGUGUGGACAUGUAGUUACUGUCAGACUGGUUUGUGCUCAAGUCCUCUUAUUUUGUACAGCUCCGUUUUUAAAAGUUAUUAGGGGGUUCAUGUUUUCUAUGAUUGACUCUUGAUACAGCCUAUGGGUGUAUGAAGAGUGAGUAGCUCACCCCGGGGGGUACGUUGUUUGAGCCAAGCAUCAUCACAGCGACUCUCUGUGACUCUCCCGCCGAAUGUGUACAACGCUACUGCGCAAUGCUGGUUUCAGGAGAUGAAGAAAAAUCGCAAAAAAAAAGAGAGCUUUUUGGCUUCAAAUCCGUAUACAGGCGGUAGGUGGAACCAAGUUGUCCAUAGUAUAUACGGUCUACGGCGUUGACAAAAUCUUAACUUUAGCCUGCUUUACUUUAAGUCUAAUUUAACUUAAAGCUCCUGUAUGUAACUUUUGGUUUGUGACGAUUUUGGUGCCCCCCUGUGGGCAAAAUUGUUUUUGCGUAAUUUGUGAUUAUUUAAUGAGGCUCUUUCUUCAGCUGCAAGGCUCACACCAACCCCCUUAGCACUGGUUUCAGGCAUUAAAAAUUACAAUAUAAAACUUUAAGUCUUGCCUUUUCUCUUUUAUGUUAUAAAAAGUCGUCAAUAUGAAUUUUAGUCAGUUUUAUAAAUGUUGAAAAACUCCUCACAGGAGCUUUAAGAACUCCAAUCAUGGGAAAAUAAACACCAGCAGUACAUUCAUGCUUUCUUUUUCUGUGUUACUUUUCUGCUGGCGUUUUCUACUCACUAAACCAGUCCUGUAACACCACCAAGGCCAGAACAGUGUUGUGGUUUGUGGUUGCUUUGCGUCUGUUUUCUUUAAUCCCGUCGACGCCUUUUUAACCACUCUCUUUGUACUUUGACAUCUGCUGUUCCUCGCUGUCUCUGCUUUGACAAACAAAUAAAAGCACAUCAUUAAAGUAAUCAAUCACAGUCUCUCUUAAAUAUCCGUUCUGAACCUGUUUGUACGUCUCUUUUCCUCCUCAGGACUGGAUCAUCGCUCCAGAAGGAUAUGCAGCCUACUAUUGCGAGGGAGAGUGCGCCUUCCCGCUGAACUCCUACAUGAACGCCACAAACCAUGCCAUUGUGCAGACGCUUGUGAGUAACCAUGAAAGCAGGAGACAAAAACCCCAGCAGUCAUGUUAACAGUCUAAUCAUCUCAUCAACUGUCAGGACAAUGAAGCCGCUGUUGCAACUGCUGUAUUUAGUCUCAGAUUGUAUCUCAGAGUAAACUGUCAUCAGAGAUCUGGCGCAGCACAAGAUCCAAGUUUUCUGCGGCUCUGGUUUUUCUUUCUCAAUGUUCAAUCCUUUAAGAUGCUCUUUGCUGAUUUUUCAGUUUUUCUUGAUGUUGUAACAGACUCGACAAUCUCUCUCUCUCUCUUUCUUUUCACAGGUUCAUUUUAUAAACCCAGACACGGUUCCUAAGCCUUGCUGCGCCCCCACACAGCUCCACGCCAUCUCUGUGCUCUACUUUGAUGACAGCUCCAACGUCAUUCUCAAGAAAUACCGCAACAUGGUGGUCAGAGCCUGUGGCUGCCACUAGCCUGUCAGCAUCUUCACAGAUAGACACGCAAACGUGAGAACGGAGGGCUGCUAGUUGCUGUCUGACACGAUGACAUGGACUGUUUGUGCACACAUUUUUUAUGUACAGUCAGAGUUCAAGUGAGGGGGAAACUCUCAGUACCGUUGUCGGGGUCGCCACGAUGUUGAGCGGAUGAACAGGAAGUCACCACAAACACGCACACACACACUUAUAGCUUUUGUAAGACAAAUAAAAAAGUAUAAAGCCGAUUUGAAGGAGGUUAGUAGUCCUGAGGAAAUAUCUGUGUUUAAUUGAAAAUUUAAACGUAAAUAGUCAGAAAUUUAAAACAAAAAACAAGAACAAACUCUGAGAUUAAAGACGCAAUGUGUGAGACAAACCUCAGAAAAACACUGGUGUGACAAAAGCUACACAAGAGCUUAUAUGGAUGGCCAAAACUAACUGUAUUUAUUGCUUUUUUAGAGAUUUCAGAUCCUUUAACUCCACCAGAAUACCAUCAGCCUACACAGCACACAACCAAACCGAUACUGGUUUGAUUUUUCCAUCAAACUAACUCUAGAAUAAUCACAUUUGGAGCCUAAAGUUUCUUAUUUUUUCAGUUGCAAAGGUCUUGAGGCUUUUCUUAUAUAAAAGUGGGUGUAUUUAAAUUCAAAGUGGAUUGGAAACUAACACAGAAAUACCUCACGAAUCAAAAAUACUUCCUGAAUGAAAAAAAAACAAAAAACAAAAUGUAAGUUGUAAUCUGGAUAGGCUUUCAUUAAACAAUUGUUCUCUGAAGCAACACCCAUCUCUACCUUUUACUAAAACUGCAUCAUGACACGAUCUCAUAUUCUCUCCUUUUUGUAGUUUUGCCGCUCAAAUCUCAGAGAUUAUCCAACAGUUUUUAAAACUACAAAUGUACUGCUUUGAUUUUUAAAUACUGUCCUCCACAAAGUUUCUUUUUUAUCCCCCCGAUACGCCGUCAUAUGUUUGUGCUUUCUACUGUGUAUAAAAGACAUAAAAAGCAGUGAUUGUACUGUCUAUUCGUCCACAGUCGACAAUCUUUUUCUUCCAUAAUUGUUAUUGUAGUUUAUUCUUUACUGUAGAUUUUAUUAUAUAUUUUUAUUGCUGAGAUACCUGAGACUGAAAGAUAGAUGUUCUGAAUUUCUUCUAUGUAAAAUACUGUGUAUAUAAUUUUUUUUUCAAACGAAGCAAGAAGUGUAUUUAUUGCCUGAACCGUCACAUGAGUUUUUGUUUUCUCCUGUAUGUAAUGCCGCCUGUUCUCUCUAACAUAACACACACACACACAGGAAGCUACUUUGACUGGAGUGUUGAGUUCAAAGUGGACACACCACACUCUGCCUUACGUGUACGCUGCACACUUGACGGUGGGAGACAAUUUCCGACAACCUGGACCUCUUGAUAUGUCUCCAUAUUUCAUCAGACGAAACUGUUACAUAUUCCUGCCGUACAUUUCCGCAGCAACCAUCAGCUGAAGUGUCAGCGAGGGAAAUUCUUGUUCUGUGUGCUCAACAUUUUCAGGGUUUUAUUCCUCUGCUGUAAUACAAUCUGUCAUAUUUAAAAGGUCUAUUUAUUGGGAGCUGGCUCAAAUGUUCUACAGUGCGCUCCAAUGUCUCAGCCAUGUUUGACUGCUGAACUGGUACAACAAUAAACUGGGAGAAAAGCAACAAAAA